AUGCAGGGUGGCCUUCUCCCAAUCUUUGUGCACCCAGAUACUGGAUACUUCAGGUACAAAGAAAUUCGUCUUGGAAGUCGCGGGGAUUCAUACUAUGAAUACUUAAUCAAACAAUAUUUGCAGACUUCCGGACAGGAACCAGUUUACCGUGAGAUGUGGGAAGAAGCAUUGGCCGGGAUACAAAAGCAUUUAGUGACCUGUACAAAGCAUUCAAAGCUUCAGUUUAUUGCUGAGCUGCCACAUGGCAUAGGUGGACCAUUAUCCCCUAAGAUGGAUCAUCUUGUCUGCUUCUUACCGGGCUCCAUCGCGAUCGGCGCGACUGAAGGACUGACUGAGAAGGAGGCGCGAAAUCUACCCGGCUGGAAUUCUCAGAAAGAGCAACAGAUGCAACUGGCACGGGAGCUUAUGAAAACAUGCUGGGCGAUGUAUGCAGUCACGGCCUCUGGUCUAGCUCCGGAGAUUACCUGGUUUGAGGUCGACGAGGCCGAUAUAGGACCAUCAUCUCGUUCACCUCCCAUGGCUAGAAGUAACAACGACAAGUCCUCUUGGGAGCAAGACUUGAAUAUCAAACCUCUGGAUGAACAUAACCUGCAGCGACCAGAAACGGUUGAGAGUCUUUUCUUGAUGUAUCGUGUGACCAACGAUCCCAUCUACCGAAAGUGGGGAUGGGAGAUCUUCAAGGCGUUCAAGGAACACAUGGUAGUGAAAGAUGGCGAAGGAUACACAUCCUUGCAGGAUGUCACCAAGGUCCCCACACCACAACGUGAUAAUAUGGAAAGCUUUUGGCUGGCCGAGACCUUGAAGUAUUUAUAUCUCCUUUUCUCUCCAAAGGAAUUUCUCCCGCUCACUGAAGUGGUUUUCAACACCGAAGCCCAUGUGCUACCCCGGUUUAAUCAGAUCAAAUUCCAGAGAGGCUGGAACCGUCGGGAACUUUGA